AAUAAUAAAAUAAAAAUUUAUAUAUCAUUGUAUUCAAAUUAAAUUAAUUAGACAAUUUUUAUUUAAAAAAAUAGAAAAUUUUUUAAGCAGAAUGUUGGUAAAUAAAAAAUAAACAAACGUCAAACUUCAUGUUAUAUAAAAAAAUAAAAAAAAAAAAAUAAAUAUACCAGCUGCUUUGCUGCGGUGUCAAAAUUAUAACCGUGAAAUAAAAAAACCAAUUAUUUUAUAUAUGUAUGUAUAUAUACGAUUAUAAUUCACUGUAAUUCAUUUUGAUAAUAAAAAAUUUAUAAUAAAAAUAUACUGACGUAGCACAUAAAUAAUUUUAAUUAAAUUAUUUAAAUCUAUGGUGUUAUUAUAAAAUAAAUAUUAAAAAAAUGGGUGGGGUGUUGAGUUAUUUUCGUAAUCUUUUGGGUAGCAGAGAAAUGAGAAUUUUAAUUCUUGGUCUUGAUGGAGCUGGAAAAACAACAAUUCUUUACAGAUUACAAGUUGGUGAAGUUGUCACAACAAUUCCAACAAUUGGUUUUAAUGUAGAACAAGUGACAUACAAGAACCUCAAAUUUCAAGUAUGGGAUCUUGGUGGUCAAACAAGCAUCAGACCUUAUUGGAGAUGUUACUAUUCAAACACUGAUGCUAUAAUUUAUGUAGUUGAUUCAGCAGAUCGUGAUAGAAUAGGAAUUUCAAAAGAAGAACUUCUUUAUAUGCUUAAGGAAGAUGAAUUACAAGGUGCAGUAUUGGUAGUAUUGGCAAAUAAACAAGAUAUGCCAGGUUGUUUAAGUGUUGCUGAAGUUCAUCAAGCACUUGGUCUUGAUGCAUUGAAAAAUCGAACAUUUCAAAUAUUUAAAACAUCAGCAAAAAAAGGUGAAGGUCUUGAUCAAGCUAUGGACUGGCUUGCAAAUGCUUUACAAAGUAAAAAAUAA